UGGGAGUUCCUUCUUUCGCCAUUCCGGGGUGUUGCCAGCUGCACAGCACCGCUUACAGAGGCGUCCUGGAGAGGUAGAGCCUGCGCGUCUGUUCUCUCUCCAAGGCGUCUCUUCAUCCUCUUAACCUCCAGUGUCUACCCCCACCCACCUACUUCACCACGACCGCUACACCAGCACCCCCACACUCCCGCUCCCCCUUCCUCUCUAAAAACAAAUUCUGGAUCCAAGCAUGCCACAACAGCAGCUAGGUAUCCGCCUAUCCUCCCCCAAAGUCACCGCAGGCGCAGCAGCAGGCUUCCCCCGUCCGAGAGAGCGCGGAGACUCCACCGAGUGAUGCCACUACUGCAGCAAGAAAAGCGCCCAGCAACCUCGCAUAUUCUCGACGCCUGCCGGAGGACCCGACGCCACAAUCUCGGCCCUUGACAGAAGAGAGAGCCCCCCCACCCCCUCGGCUCCGUUCCCGUCCCGAAUCCAGGAUGUCCGACUGCAACGCAAGUCCCGCCGACCGGGUGAUCAAAUGUAGGCAUGCCAAAUCCUGCACGGCCACGGUCCCCUUCCCCCUGGCCCACCGGCUGACCAUGAAGGAAGUGUUUGAUGCUGAGGGCCGGCCGAGGGUGGACCUGCUCAAAGCUCACCUCACCAAGGAGGGACGGCUGGAGGAGGCAGUGGCUCUGCGCAUCAUCGAUGAGGGUGCCGCCAUUCUGCGCCAGGAGCGCACUAUGUUGGACAUCGAGGCGCCAGUCACCGUGUGUGGUGAUAUCCACGGCCAGUUCUUUGACCUGAUGAAGCUGUUUGAAGUGGGAGGUUCUCCUGCCAACACACGCUACCUCUUCCUAGGGGACUAUGUGGACAGGGGCUACUUCAGUAUCGAGGUGAGGAUGGACUUGCACCCAGACAUGUGUGUUCACCCCACAACUCUAUUUUUACUUCGUGGAAAUCAUGAAUGUAGACAUUUGACAGAAUAUUUCACCUUCAAACAAGAAUGUAAGAUCAAGUACUCGGAGCAGGUGUAUGACUCCUGCAUGGAGGCGUUUGAUUGCCUGCCCUUGGCAGCCCUGAUGAACCAGCAGUUCCUGUGUGUGCAUGGCGGGCUUUCACCAGAGAUCCACACGCUGGAUGACAUCAAGAAGUUGGACCGGUUCAAGGAGCCCCCAGCGUUUGGGCCUAUGUGUGACCUGUUGUGGGCAGACCCCCUGGAAGACUUUGGCAAUGAGAAGACCCAGGAAUACUUUGGGCACAACACAGUCAGAGGCUGCUCCUAUUUCUACAGCUACCCGGCAGUAUGCGAGUUCCUACAGACCAACAACCUACUGUCAAUCAUUAGAGCGCAUGAAGCACAGGAUGCUGGGUACCGUAUGUACAGGAAGAGUCAGACUACAGGUUUUCCCUCCCUCAUCACCAUCUUCUCUGCGCCAAACUACCUGGAUGUCUAUAACAACAAAGCGGCGGUGCUGAAGUAUGAGAACAACGUGAUGAAUAUCCGUCAGUUCAACUGCUCUCCUCAUCCCUACUGGCUGCCCAACUUCAUGGACGUCUUCACCUGGUCACUGCCUUUCGUAGGAGAAAAGGUGACUGAGAUGCUGGUCAAUGUCUUGAGUAUCUGCUCUGAUGACGAACUCAUGAACGACGGAGAUGAGAUCUACGAUGCCAGCGCAGCAGCAGCAAGGAAAGAGGUGAUCAAAAACAAGAUCCGAGCCAUUGGCAAGAUGGCCAAAAUGUUCUCUGUUCUACGGGAGGAGAGUGAGAACGUGUUGACUCUGAAGGGACUGACCCCUACAGGAAUGCUGCCUAGCGGAGUGCUGUCUGGGGGCAAGCAGACCCUGCAGAGCGCUACCAUUGAGGCCAUAGAAGCCAUCGAGACAGUUAAGGACGCUGAAGCCAUCCGGGGCUUUUCCCCUCAGCAUCGGAUCAGCAGUUUUGAGGAGGCCAAAGGUCUGGACCGGAUCAAUGAGAGAAUGCCUCCACGACGUGACGCAGUCAACAGUGUGGGGCUGUCAAUGGGCCGUAUGAACAUGGGGGAGCCCAAUGGGACCGACAGCAACAGCAAUAUACAGUGACGGACGCACACUCCCACAUGCCCAGACACAUGCCUGCAGUUACAACACUGAUAUGGUACCAUAUUUAUAGAUACAUGUACAUAGGCAUAUAUACACAGGAAAAAUGCGUCACACUCAUACACUCAUACACACAAACACAUCCUUUCAUACACCGAAUAGGCUACAGACAACAUCUCACAACACAUACACACUAUCACGUACCCUUUUCCUGCUGCCCUCAGCUGUAUGUAAAGGCAUGAGCAUACCCGGACGUUACCACCAAAGUCUGAGUCUCUUCGCUGAACUGAUUGGCCCUAUUUAGAGAACUACAACUCCCAUGUACCUGCACAACAACAGGAAAGACACUACAAAAACACUCCCUGUCCAAAACAGGAGGAGCUGCUGUUCACCGUGUGUUGAGGAUCACCAGUGGGUCAACAGUGUCAGCAUGACGUGGCUGUGUCAGUGCUGUGUGCUGUGUCAGUUGGGGCCGGCGGGGUCAAGUGUUUGCACAGUGAGGUUGUGGCAGUCAGGGGCAUUUAAAAUAUGUCUGCUUCUUUUUCCCGUUUGAAUCCCAAAACAGGAAGUGGAACCAAACGUGUGAUUGACUGAUUCAUUUCAUAGAGUUGUUGGUAUGCCUACCUGUGUGCGUGCACAUGCCUGAACGCGUAAAUGUCCGUGCAUUUGAAAAUGUGUUUUUGUUUACAAAUGUGAGCGGCUCUUGCCACUAGCCAGGCAACAGCAAGAAAAACAUGGAUGUGUGAUGGCUUAUGUGUUGACAGAGAUAUAUGGAGAUAAUCUCAGCUGCAGUCUAACCUGAGCCCUUGCUGUUCUUUUCCUCUUGGGAGGAGAUUCCCAUUUGCUUUGUAGCACUACACUGCACCCAACCUCCAGCUGAAAUCAAGUGGAGGAUCCCACCCCCGCAAAACUGGUCCCUGGCCUGGUUAGCUCUUGGGGAAAGGCGUGAAACUGGGCCUGGAUCAGAUUUGAAGCAGGUGUAUCUCCCUACCUGUCAUGUGUAAAUAGGAUACCUAGAGAGGUUUUAUUGCACAUAUGAUACAUGUGGUCACAGGAUGCAAGAUGCAGUAUAGUGGAGGUAGGAUGCCCGAUGUAUGUGAGGCAGCCGGGGGGAGUUGAAAUGUGAAGUCAUACUCUAUUCAUCCUCUUUCUACAUCCUCUUUUCUUCCCGUGUUGCUGUCUGCUAUCAAACAGCAGGGAUGGCCAGGAAUCCCCGGCCUAAAAAGCAGGAAAUGAUAUUUCAACAGAGGAAACAGACUCUUCUGGAGCAGCCAGGACAACUAGAGGAAGUCAGAAGAAAAAAGAUCUUUGUAAAGCAUUUAUAUUAACGCAUCAGUGCAUGCAGAGUUAAGUUCUUUGAUAAUAAUGUGAAGAUUAUAUUUGUGCUCUGUGUUUCAUUCUGAUAGAAAAAAAAAUUUCUUCGUUUUUCUGACUAAUAUAAAUGAACUGAGGAAUAAUGAAUAAUUGAUUUUGUACAUAAUGUUAAUUUAUUUUUUGUAUUCAUUUUGUGUUAUAUUUUAUUUAUUUAUUUUUUUCAUCUUUGUUCUUUUUCACAACCUUUUUCUUUCAGCGCUGUACAGAAUGACAGUACGCUUCUACUCAAAGUGUCAAGUCCACGUUCUCUAAUCUCUUCUUUGUCGAUGUACAGGAGUUGUUUUUAUUGAUAAAUAUGAAUAACGAUAAACAAAUAUUAAACUAGCAUUGAUGAAUGAAUCAUACUAUAUUCCGCGGCGCAGGCAUUCAGGCAGCCAAAAGCAUGAUUUGCAUGGUUGAAAUUUGCGCUGUUCAAAGCAAAAAUCAGCAAGACAUUUUAACAGAUGAGCCGGUGUGUUGCCAUCACAAUUUAAAGGACAAAAGUGUAACUCUAUCUGAUCAUAAUUCUUGAUUCCUCUUGUUAUUUGAUGAUAUUUAUGAUUCUAUGAUUAUUAUGAUUCUAUUUAUUAUGGACAUUAUUCUUAAUAUUUAAGCUCUCUCUCUCUCUCUGCUGGUUGCUCUUCAUGUUGCGUUGCUCCUUGGUUAAUCUUGUUGUGGUUCUUUGGAAGAGGUGAACCCCCCUGGGAGACCCUGUGCCAUAGAAAGUGUGCCACGGUUCUUUCUUUCUCUCUUAACCUCUCUCUCUCUCUCUCUACCCCCCUGCUGUCUUUCUGUUUUGACUCCCCAGUCACUAACACUGUAAGCAUGCCCCAUGGGACGAUCCACUUUUUUACUCUUGAAUAAAAUAUGCAUGAACCUUU